GCUUGGCGCGGCCCCGCGAGGGCCCGGUGCCCGCCCCGCGCGCGCGCGUCGCGGCGUCGCCCUGCCAGGACCGCCCCCGCCCCAUAAGGCCCCGCGGCGGCGCCGCCUCCCUCUCUCGGCGGGCCCGGCCGCGGACGGCGGCAGCGCGCGGACGGCACCAUGCCGGCCCUCAGGCCUCUCGUGAAACCCAAGAUCGUCAAGAAGAGGACCAAGAAGUUCAUCCGCCACCAGUCGGACCGCUAUGUCAAGAUUAAGCGCAACUGGCGGAAACCGAGAGGUAUCGAUAACAGAGUUCGCAGGAGGUUCAAGGGCCAGAUUCUGAUGCCCAACAUUGGUUAUGGGAGCAACAAGAAGACGAAGCACAUGCUGCCCACGGGAUUCAGAAAAUUCCUGGUCCACAACGUCAAGGAGCUGGAAGUGCUCAUGAUGAGCAACAAGUCGUACUGCGCAGAGAUUGCUCACAACGUGUCUUCUAAGAACCGCAAGGUCAUCGUGGAGAGAGCAGCUCAGCUUGCCAUCAAGAUCACUAAUCCAAACGCCAGGCUGCGCAGCGAGGAGAACGAAUGAACGGCCUCCUGCGUCUGGGAUGUAUUUAAUAAAGCGUGAACACAAA